CAGCGCUGUGCUCAUUGUAGUCAGCCAUUAGCUUCAAAACCUUGUUGGGCAGCUCAUGCCUUGGAUGGGUGCUGCUGACCAGGCUUUGAGCCAAGCUGGCAUGGUUUUGUAAUUUUGCCAUUGGUAUUCCACAUCAUAGCAUCAUGGACAGCCCGGGUAAUUACAGGGUUAAUAGUCCGGUUCUGUGUACUGACAACCUUCCAGAUACCUGCUUCUCGAAAGAGAAGAAGAACUGCGUAUCCCAGAGGACCUCACGGUCAGAGAGGGAAGAUACGGCACUGAAAUCACAGGUUAUGAGUUGCGUGAUCAGGCUCACACUCUCUCUCUGGCAGCCACGCAGAGUGCUGGGUGUGCUUCCGAGCUGUGCGCCUUCAUUCAAGCAGACCUUUCGGUUUUGGAAACUUUCUCUUAUUUUAUCUUUUUUAUAACCCGUACUUUCAAUUUGAUUGUAUUAUAUUGUGUUAUCUUGCAUUCCAAUAUCACGGUUAGUAAAAUAAGUUUUCCACCUUAGAUUGUGGCCACUGCUCUGUUCUUUUUCCCUCUCUGAGCCCAGCUCCCAUUCCCCCGUCCCCUUUCCCUUCCCAUUUUUGGGUGCCAGGGGGCCCACAGGCCCACGGCCUCCCUGUCACGGGCAUAGACUGAUCUAGAUUGAGCUAGAUAACUCCGUGACAGCUUUUGGUGGAGAAUGCGGGCAAUCUGAAGCUUUUAACGCUAACAGAGAAAAGAAAGGAUUUCUUUAAGCUGGAGACUGCCAGACUGCAAGGCAGUGCUAGUGUGACCUUCAUAGAUGAGAUUAUAGUCUGGGCAGUCUGCCGAACUCCGGACACUGUACCCAGUAGUUAUUGUUGUUGUUGUUUUUCCCCCCAUUUUAGCAGCUACCAGCUAUGAGUCUGCUCUUUAUUGCAGGAGCGUUGUAUAAGGGAUGAAGGACAAUCAUGAUCUUGGGAAAUUAUUGGCCUAUAAUUAACAUCAUGAUUUCGUGCUGUGGAAUUGUGUUCAUGUAUAACCAAAUAAGGGCCCUGAUGGAGACACCUGCCUGGUACCAUUAUGCAAUGUGGUAUCAUUUUAAGUUUGACACUUUCAAACCAGUUUCCAGCCUUCCUUCUCAGUUUGUCACACGUUUUUUCAACUGCCGAGCUGGAGCUCAUACUCUUGUGCACGUUAUCGAUCUCCUUGAAUGUUUUCUUCUCCAUUUGUGUUAUGUGGAAGAAGUCUCCUCCAUAACCAGAGAAUGCUGACUGGCAGGGAAUAUGGAGAGGUUUAGGAGAAAACUUAGAAGCGUGGGGACCCGCAAUGUCAUGGCACUCCACUCUUGGACACCUGUGGGAUCCCAGGAAACGAAGCCAGUAUUUGAGUCAGGGAUGGUGUGGCUCAGAUAGAUCGAAGGAGGUACGGCUUAUUUGGGGCUUGGCUUGUGCUUACCGUGCUCUAUGUAAUACUCUUCUGGAGAGAGAGAGUUUCCAAGCAGAGGUUGAAGCCAAAGGGGGAAAUCUUGAAGUCGAAUCUGAUCAGUCACAGGAGACACCAGUAGCAGUGUCAGCUGCCCCUGUGGAAGGCAAGAAAAGGAAGUGGGUGUCCACGCGUCUGGAAUGGAAAAAAGAAGCAGCAGCAGCGGAGGAGGAGGUAGAGGAAGAUCCAGGCCAGGGGGCCUCCUCAGAGCCACAAAAGGCAAAAGCAAAAACCAAGAGACACGGAGAGGCGAGUGAUGAAGAGGAAGUCUCUAUUUCUGUUUGCCGACCUCUGAAGAUGACUGAAAUCCAAGGCUCAAGGAAAGAGUUUACACGGCAUCCGAACAAAACCCUUGUCACCUGGUUGCUUCGCUGUUGGGACGGGGGGGCCAGUAGCUUGUCUCUGGAUAGUAACAAAGCCCGCCAACUAGGAGGCAUUGCCAAAGACUCAUCUAUUGACAGAGGGAUUAGUAGAUGUUUGGAUGGAGCCACCACCCUCUGGGAACGAAUGUUAGUAGCCGUCAGGGAAAGGCAUCCCGUCAGAGACAGUCUGAAGCCUGUGAUGAAGAAGUGGGAUACAGCUGAAAAAGGUAUCCAGUAUUUGAGGGAAAUAGCUGUGGUGGGAAUGGUGUAUGACCCUAAUUUUGCUCCUAACGAUCCACGCCAAGGUCAUGAUCCGCAGAGAGUGAGAACAAUGCCUGAUAUAUGGCAGAAACUCACAAGAACAGCACCAGAUCUACCCUCAACACACGCUUCCAUUUCAGCCAUCUCAGAAUGAGCAAAGACUGGAUGAAGUACAAGAACAAGUGUCUCUAUUGAUAAAUCAUGACGAACCUGUAGAAGUAUCAGAAACGUUUGAUGAAGAUCAGGAUAAGCAAAUGGGCCUAAUGAAAGAACUGAUCAAGCUAAUGAAAAUCCACUUAAUUAAAGGGGAUGGACCCUUCUCCUCACCUGCAUCAUCAAAAAUCUCAGCUACUGAAGGCAAAUUCUUUCCUGCUCAAAUGAGGAACAUUGUAGGAUUGCAUCGUGUAUUGCCUCUUGGUGUCACCUCAGUGACCACAGAGAAGACAUGAGGAAGUGGCAUGACCACACUACUCCUGUACUGCGAGCACGGGUGAGAGAAUUACAGAACUAAUCAACCAGCGGUGUAGUUGCUCCAGUUACCACAGGUAAUGAAUAGAGGGGCCCUGCCCUCAGUCAGGGAGGGAGAGGGAUAACAGAGUUCAUUGGACUGCACAGAUCCGAUGGCCUGGCACAUCAGAACCACAGAAAUAUAAGGCCCUGGUGGAUACUGGUGCACAGUCCACUCCAAUGCCCUCAAGUCAUGAAGGGACAGAAUCAAUCCGUAUUUCUGGAGUGACUGGGGGCUCUCAAGAACUGACUGUGUUGGAGGCCGAAAUAAGCCUCACUGGUAAAGACCGGCAAAAAACACCCGAUUGUGACUGGCCCAGGGGCUCCAUGCACGCUGGGUAUCGAUUCCCUCAGAAGGGGGCAUUUCAAGGAUCCCAAGGGGUAUCGCUGGGCCUUUGGAAUAGCUGCUGUAGAUACAGACAACAUUCAGCAGCUGUCUGUUUUGCCUGGCCUGUCAGAAGAUCCGUCUGUUGUGGGGUUGCUGCGAGUAAAAGAGCAGCAGGUACCGAUUGCCACAAAAGCAGUGCACAGACGGCAGCACUGCACCAACAGGGAUUCCUCGCUCGCCAUUCAUAAGUUGAUUUGUCAACUAGAGAGUCAAGGAGUGAUCAGCAGAACGCACUCGCCUUUUAACAGCCCCAUAUGGCCAGUGCGUAAAGCCAGUGGAGAACGGAGGCUGACGGUAGACUACCGUGGCCUGAAUGAAGUCGCACCCCCACUGUGUGCUGCUGUGCCGGACAUGUUAGAACUGCAAUAUGAACUGGAGUCAAAAGCAGCCAAGUGGUAUGCCACCAGUGACAUUGCUAAUGCCUUCUUUUCCAUUCCUCUGGCCACAGAAUGCAGGCCGCAAUUUGCCUUCAGCUGGAGGGGCGCUCAGUCUACUUGGAACCGUUUGCCCCAGGGGUGGAAACACAGCCCAACCAUUUGCCAUGGGUUAAUCCAAACUGUACUGGAACAGUCAGUGCUCCUGAGCACCUGCAGUACAUUGAUGGUAUUGUUGUGUGGGGCGAUACAGCAGAGAAUGCUUCUGAGAAAGGAGAGCAAAUAAUCCAGACCCUUCUGCAAGCUGGUUUUGCUAUCAAGCGAAGCAAAGUGAAAGGACCUGCCCAGGAGAGUCGGUUCCUAGGUAGAAAGUGGCAAGAUGGGCGCCGUCACAUCCCAGCAGAUGUGAUGGACAAAAAUCACUGCCGUGUCUCCACCCAUUAGUAAGAAGGAGACACAAUCUUUUCUGGGUGUAGUGGGCUUUUGGAGAAUGCGCGUUCCAAACUAUAGCCUGUAGGAGAGUGGCUCAGGGAGCAAGGAGUUGUGAGCUUGAGUGCUAUGUGCACAACCCAGGCUGUGAGACCUUGAAGCUGUCAAAGCAGGAAGACAAACUGAGGCUUCACUUAAGAUAAGGGGGUAGCUAGCCUGGGAAGAGAUCAAGACAGUGGAAUGCGAAGAACAGUGAAAAAAAACAUGUGAUGCUUAAUGCUGUACCAAUAGCUAGCAAGCAAGACACGUGAUUUCUGUGUGCUAACCAGUUAUAAGUUGCCGUGUGUACCCUGUAUUUCUGUAUAAGUAUGAGCUGAUUCGGGCAAUAAAGGAUUAGAGGAGUUUCCACCAGUA